UCUGUUCUCCCUAUGACACCCCUGCUUUGCCCCCACAGUCCCCACUUUUGUUCCAACUCUUGGGAAGACUUCGGACAACAGUGGGUCACAGAGUGCAGUUUACCUUGGCAGUACCUUCAACAGGAAUGCCAGUGUGCACAGGUUUAAAUGAGACAACGAACCACCGAGCUGUUCUCUUCUCCCUCACUUUACUGUGUUACCUUUUCACUUUGCUGGCAAAUGUUACUCUUAUUGUCAUCAUCAUCUUGGAUAAGAACCUGCAUGAACCAAUGUAUAUUCUAUUGUGUGUGUACUGCAUGAAUGGGCUUUAUGGGACAGCAGGUUUCUACCCCAAGUUCCUCUGGGAUCUGCUUUCUCCUGUUCAUGUUAUCUCUUAUGCUGGAUGCCAUGUUCAGGCUCUGGUAAUGUAUUCAUUUGCCUGCAGUGAUCUGUCUAUUCUUGCAGUCAUGGCAUAUGACAGAUAUGCGGCUAUAUGUCGACCCCUAGAGUACCACUGUAUUAUGUCAACGCAAAGACUCUUAAUGUUAGUGUGUUUCUCCUGGUUAGCACCUUUUUGCAUUAUAGGCACAAAUAUUAUUCUGGCAUCUAGAUUAAAGUUAUGCAGCCCAUUUAUCGCCAGGCUUUUUUGUGUGAACUGGAUGAUUGUUAAACUUGCUUGUUUCCCAGCUGAUACUAUGGUUAAUGGUAUUGUUGCAUACAUUACAAUAAUCAUUUAUGUCUUCCAUGGUUUCUUUAUAGUUUGGUCCUAUAUGUAUCUCAUCAAAACAUGUGUGAAUUCAAUAGAAAACAGGAGGAAGUUCAUGCAAACAUGUGUGCCACAUUUAACCUCCUUACUCACCUUCCUUGUAACAAUAGUUUUUGAUGUCAUGAACAUGCGAUUUGGUUCAAAAGAUUUACCUCAGACUGUUCAAAACUUUAUCGAAAUACAAUUUCUUGUCAUAUCCCCCGUUAUAAAUCCUCUUAUUUAUGGUUUCAAAUUGACAAAAAUUCGGAACAGAUUUCUGCAUGCUCUUACUUUUAAAAACAAAUAUUAA